CCCACUCCCGGCCCUCACACCUGCAGCCUCGUGCCUCGUGCAGCAGCUAGCUAGCCUUUAGCCGGAGCCAACAUGGAGAAGAGCUUGGUGGACCUGGCCUUACCUGCUGGAGAUGAAAGCGACUGCAGUGACGAUGAGUGGGACAUCGGCUGUGUGUCCGAGAGGAAGACCUCUGGCAUCAAGAAUCUGGAGGAUCAUGUACUUCAUGGAGAUGACUGUGUUACUAUGCUGAAAAAUGCCAUCAGUAAUGGAGACUCAGUUGCUGUAGAGCAGCUGCUGAACAGUGGCAUGGAUGUGGAAACCAGGCUCGGCUUUGGAUGGACUCCUCUGAUGUAUGCUGUCAGUGUGGCGAACUAUGACUUGGCCAAACUGCUUCUAGAUAAAGGAGCCAGUGCCAACUUCAGCAAAGAUCAUUGGACGGUGCUCAUGGCCAGUUGCACUGCAUCUGCAAGUGAAGACAAAAUGGCACGUUGUGUGGAGCUGCUGCUGUCGAGAAAUGUUGAUCCCAAUGUGGCUGAAAGGUCUCAGAUGACCUGCCUGAUGUUGGCAGCCAGGGAUGGAUACAGUAAGAUCAUAAACCUGCUGGCAUCCCACGGUGCUAAAAUCAACAGCCAGAACAAGAUGGGAUACACAGCUUUGUCCAUAGCAGUUCAGUACGGCAGAGAGGAGGCGGUCUUAAAGCUGCUUCAGCUGGGAGCUGACAAAACUAUAAGAACAAAGAGCAACAAAAGCCCUGCUGAUCUGGCUGUGAUGUUCAAUCACACUACGAUAGCCCACAUUCUGGCAUCUUCCUCCCACAUUCCUGCUGCUCAGGCCUUCACCUCUAUGGAAGAGAGUCUGUCUAAAUUCUUCAAGACAAACUCUGAAUUUCCAUCCUCCAAGGAAAGUGCAACCAAGCUUGACGAGCUUCAUCUUCUCCUGCACGGCCUGGAUCUGGGCUACCUGACAAACAUCCUGUCUGAAAACGACGUCACUUGGAACGACCUGCUGACCAUGGAAGAGGAUGACUUUAAAAAGAUUGGAAUCACAGACCCAGAGGACCAGCAGAAGUUGAUGAGGGCGGUGCAGCAGAUGCACAUGGACAAAGUGGACCUGAACUCAAUUAGCACUCUGGGAACUGGAGAGUUGGGGACUGAAGAUCUACAGAACUUUCUCAUAAGUGUGAGUCAGCAGUGCUGCUACCUGACGGAGACUGUUCAGGAUGUCGUCAGCCGCUUCCCUCGUCACACCUCUCAGUUGGUCUUUUCUUUGGACCCAAAGAAAGAAGCUCAGUCUGUGUGUAACCAGCUGAUAGUAGAAACUAAAGAUCUGCAAAAAGAAAUCAUCUGCCUCCGGAGUCUGCUGUGCCAGAUGGAUGAAGCCAGAGAUUGUUAUCGGCUUCCUCAGGCGUCGUCCUCUCAGAGCUGGAGCAGCUGGUUUGUGACGGGCGCUGCUGUGAGCGUGCUCGGAGCCACCGUCCUCUUCCUUUUCUGCAGAACUGCUGGUGGCGAGGUUUACCUGUGUUAAACCAGAGUUCAUGCCAACGUUUGCUUUGUUACUCAUGUUCAGCUGUAAAAUUUGUUUUUGUCUUUAAGAACUGUUUAAAGAGACUAAAGUAUUUUUGUUUCUUAGCUCCUAAUAACUUGUUGCAGUCUCAAUUCAUUUGUAGUUAUAUUUGAUAUU